ACGAAAAGAGAAUUUCAACAUAUACAUCUCAUUUUGGAAUGAUGGAGAGUACAUUCCUUCGGCGUUGCAAGAGUACAAGUUGCCAAGGUAGAAAAGGAUCGUCAGGCAUGGUUUGGAAGGGAAAAAGAAAGGUGGAAGGGGUUCCUUUCUCCCGAAGAUGUUUGAAACAAGUUCAUACAACGAGUUUAAAUCUAGUCAGUACUAUUGAAACUUUCGCGGUAUACGUUUCAUGAUAUUCGCGGAGGAUUACAGUCCGAAUACCAUCUUUACUGUAUUGACCAUUUUCGUCAGUGUCAUUUACCUCGAAUCAGAUUGCUUGUCCUUAUAGGUGGACCGUUCAUUAUCUAUUUAUAACGCAGUGCUCUGAUUUCGAUAAAGCGAUCAAGAUGACUGACAAUUCUUUGGAUAAUCCUGUUGUGACAGAUGUGGUGGAGAAACGACUACAAAUUAUUCUCAAUGAAGGUUCUAAAACUGUUAUGGAUUUCAAUAAUAUGAAACCAGAAGUACCGCCUUUCUAUGAUGAAAAGAAGUUCCGAUUGGGGCAGCAAGCUUUCUACAAUAAUGUGUUCUCUAUGAUGAUUGCAAAACUUUGCGGCCUCGUAUCCCUCCUAGCUAUUUCAACCAUAUUGGAUGUAGUUAUGUUCACCAAAAAGAGCGGUACUCCUUGUUUGGCGUAUCGCAGAUAUGCGGAGACAAUUCUUCAUACAUUCGUAUGGCAUGAAAAGGAUCCCAAAAGCAAACCUAAUGAAUUCUUGGAAUCCAUAAAAAUCGUACGUCGAAAACACUGUGUUGCGUUCAAAAAAAGCACCGAAGCUGGUGUUCAUAAGCCAACGCAAUUGGACAUGGUACUCGCUCAGUUUGGAUUUAUUGGAUAUAGUUUAGUAAGCCAGGAAUAUCUUGGAAUAAAAACCACUCCCGAGGAAAUGGAGGGCGUAGUGCAUGUUUGGAGGGUCAUCGGCAGUAUGCUUGGGAUGGAUGACAAAUUUAAUCUCUGCACGGGAACCGUCGAUGAAACCCGCGCCCUUUGUCAAAGACUAUUGGAAGACGUUUUCGUUCCUAGCUUGGCAAAUAGGAACGAGCAUUUCAAUCAUAUGGGCAAUGUGAUGCUGCAGAGUCUCUGGCCCAUUAAUCAAAAUAUCGACCCACUAGCAUUCACUGCCUUCACACUUUACUUGGCUUCUUCGACUGCGCGUAAUAAUAAUCACUCCAUUGAAAUGGAUACCACGACAAUGCCGUUUUAUAGUUGGUAUUUGUUCAACCUCCAACACUUUGUGGUAAAGUAUUUGAUGCGACCUAGUGCCUGGUGGUCUCCAUUCUUUCGUGCAAUUUUUAAUAGUUUAAUGCGACUUUCAAUUUUCUUCCUCAAAAAUUUUCCCCUCUUUGCUUAUUGGUUAUACGGAAAAAAGUACGCAAAUGUCGAAAUAUUACAUCAUCACUUUGACUAAAAAUUUAAUCAAACUAACGAAAGAUAUUGGCAUUCUGAAUAUGAGUAUUAAUAAAAGGAAAAUCCAUAUAAAUGCGACUAUGAAUGCAUUUAUUAAUUAAUUUAUCGUUGCAUAUAAGUACAGGUUAUUAAUUUAACGAAAAAUAUUAAACAUUU